CGCUUUUCUCCCUCUUUUUGCGUUGAGCCGGAGGAGGAUCAGGUUUCUGGUGCUUCUCCUCUCCUGCUGCUGCCCCUCGGGGUUUCUUUUGAUCCGUUUGCUCCAUUGCUAAGAGAUCCAGGAAUUCUCGUUUUGCUUCUUGGAUUGUAACCCCCUGCGGGAGACGACCCCGUCCGAGUCUUGGUGACUCAACCCCUCAUACCAAUAAUACCUUUUGGAAACUCCCAUCAGUGCCCUAAACCUACAGACAUUGUUUGCUUUCCGGCAGGCAAGCAAUGUCGUCCAAUUCUGGCCAGACUCCUCCCUCUUCCAAGGCGGUGAACAUCCCGAAUAAGUCGUCAUCUUCGACAUUCCACUCCGCACCUGCAAUCGAUAGCAGACGCGUGGGAGGAUCAGGCAGCUUUGGCGCAGGGUUAGCGUCGAGGAGCUCAAGCUCUGCUCGAAACAAUCAGGCUCUGAAAAGCCAGCACAAGCGGCAAAGGCGUCCUCGGUUACUGGAUGAUGAUAUUGAUGAGUCGACCAUCAUGAGAUCGACAACCAGCCGAAAGGGACAGACGUCCAUCACCCACUUAAUGAACUUUUCUCUGCCCCCUCGUCCCGAAUACCAUCAUCCUCCACCACGGAACACCCGCCGCUACAACUCAUGGGGUCUUGGAUCAGGCUAUCAUGCGAUGGACAAGGCCCGCUACGUUCAUGCCAAUUAUCGCUUCAUCGUAACACCGAACCGCGUCUACCACGCCCAAGCAGCUAAUGCCGAUGUCCACCUUGACUGGGACUCGAUUCUCCAAAUACUCGUUUCAGCACAGACUCAGGCAUCCAGCUGCCCUAUUUGCUUGUCUACACCUGUGGCACCUCGGAUGGCUCGGUGUGGACACAUAUUCUGUCUGCCCUGUCUAAUUCGUUUUAUGCACUCGACAGACAAUGAGAAUCCGGCUCCCGAAAAGAAGGCACGCUGCAAAAAGUGUCCUAUCUGUUGGGAUAUCAUUUACAUCUCCGAAACACGGCCAGUGAGAUGGUUCAGUGGUCAAGAAGGGGUUCUCCCUUUUGAGGGCGGCGAUGUUGUGCUGAGGCUCGUCAAAAGGGACACGCGAAGUACCCUCGCCCUGCCUAGAGACGGUGCUGAGAGUCUUGCUCCUGAAGAGGAUGUCCCCUGGUACCAUGCUGCGGAAGUGGCCGAUUAUGCACGUAUAAUGAAAGGGGGAGAAGACUACAUGGUCGCCCAAUACGAUACCGAGAUUGAGGAUCUGCGCAGGCAGGAACAAGAAGACGAAGUCUUGUUUGGAGACGAGACCACAUGGACGAAAAAGGCAGUAUCAGCCAUAAACGAAGCCAAGCAAAGGCUUGAAGGUAUUGGGAAUCCUCCUGAAAUUUCACCCCAGCCAGCCGUCCAUCGACCACCGAGAGACCCAAUUACCCAUCAGGCGCCGCCGGAGGAAGUUGCACUCAUGUAUGCAUCGCAGCAUGCCACCAAGGCAGGCAAAUCUUCACCUAGUGAGGAGCCGACCACGCAUAACGAGGUUGACCAAACAACGGAAGCAAUUGGUAAUAUAGACUUGGUCGCAACGAAUGGCACAAAGUCCAAACAGAAACAUCCUGCGAGUGGCCGAAAUAAUGCACAGUCGGACCGCAAAAAGGAUGCCAACGCGCCUCAUCCUGCCGACCAGCCAUACUACUUCUACCAAGCUCUGCCACAUUACUACCUUUCCCCUCUUGAUAUCCGCAUCCUCAAGACCGCCUUUGGGGAUUACUCCUUGUUCCCCGCAACUAUCCUGCCUCGUGUUGAGCACAUAACUACGGGCCAUAUUAUGGACGACGAACUGCGCAAGCGCGUCAAGUACCUUGGUCAUCUCCCUCAGGGCUGUGAGGUGAAUUUCCUCGAGUGCGAUUGGAGAGACGUUGUCAUGCCAGAGGUUUUGGCACAGUUUAGCACGGAAAUAGGAAAGCGACGGAAACGGAAUAAAGAGAAAGAAGUCCGCGAGGAGAAGAGUCGCAUCAAAGCUGAAAAGGACGAGGAUGAGAAGCGUUGGGCUGCAGCACGUCAGAAAAGACCGAGUAUCAGCACCAGCGACCGUCCAUUCUCCGACCGUGAUUUUAUCCCAUUAGCAGGUGCAGCCGAUGCUGGAAAUAUCGAGCUCGGGUCUUCCGCCUCACCUCCUCGACCACCGUCUCAUUUCAGUGCGUUGGCCAGUCCUUCGACCAGUCCUCCGGGAGCCCGCACUGUCUGGGGAACCGCUGCGGUAGCAGGACCUGCCACAAAGCCUGACCACCUCAGGGCUACCCCUCGAGACGGCUGGCGAGAAGGGUGGGAAGACGAGUUGUUUGCUCACCAGGAGAGCGAGUUGAUUGCUCAGACAGCUGUGGAUGAGAACAAUUCAUCCUCGCAGGCGAAGAAGAAGGGAAAGAAGAACAAGAAGAUUACACUCAUGUCCACCAAUAUUCAACGGGGCGCUUGACUGCUUUGUACUAUCUCUUCUGUAUUUCUCUUCCUCGAGGUCUGUUCGAAAGCGGUAUUUUGAUUGGGAAUAAACUGGACAGGAGUCGACGGCCAUUGUUUGCAUUUCACGAAUCAUACACUAUAUAGCCUUGAAUUAGAAGAGCCGUAAAUAGUAAAUACACUAAAAUCUGACUGGCAAGAACAAACUGCUUAGGCCUGCAAGCCACCCUAUGUGGAGCAUUCCUUGGUUGGUUGUUGGCCCCUUAAAGAUCGCCGAGCUAAAAAGUUUCCCCGGCUUUAUUUUUGUU